AAGUGCGCAUGCUCCAGCACUCGCGUGUGUAGGAAACUUCAUUGGGUACGUUACGGUGUAUAUGGACACUUGUCUCCCGGAUUUCUAUCACUGUUCUGAAAAAAAUACAUUCUGAAGAAAAUAUACUGUUUGCAGUGUUUUCACUGGACAUCUAGCCUACCUCAACACAGUUUGAAAGGACAUAAUACGUUUAUAAACGCUUCGAACAGGAUGACUAAGGUGAUUAACACACAGGAACCUGUGAUGGAGGACUUCAGUGUAGCUGCAGCUGUGUCAGGGGAUCAGGGCAUAUCCUUUCAGAUCUUCCCUGACACCCAUGAGAGGAAUCCCAAGCUGUCCAAGAGACUUCCCUCUAUUGUGGUGGAGCCCUCUGUUGGGGGCAAUGUGGAGAGUGGGGAACUCCGUUGGCCCCCUAAGGAUCCCAACUCUGCUGAGGUCCCAAGUGGGAUACAGCCCUACAAACACACACCUCUUCAGACCACACAGGACCAGACUGCAGAUGAAGAUCAGAAUCUUGGGGUGCAGGACAGCAGUGAAGUGGUGUCUGGGGCUGUAGUAGAGGAAUCUAACUGAGAAGAUCAUCCAUCCACCUCCACAGCUGCUCUCGCUGUGAAUGUGUCCAGAGUAAGAUAGAUAGGCAUGGGCACGGAAGAGAGGGUAGGAGGUACUUGGAGGGUCGUAACCCUUACCUGCACACUGCCAGAACACAUAGGAUUUAAUUUGGAUGUUUAAGCUGGACAGCGAUCUGUAAAGCUGUCUUAAAUAUCUUGCUCACAUUUGCCAUACUACUACUGGUAGCUACUUUGUGCAGUUUUCAUAUACAUGCAAACUAGAUCACAGCUACGCAGCACUCUCAAAGCUGCAAUAUGUAACUUUUUGGGCGACCCGACCAAAUUCACAUAGAAAUUUGAGUUUUAUAGACGUGAGUUUUAUAGUUGUAUAUUGUCAUUCUCAUUGGAAGCAAGUCUAAGAAGUGGUAGAUAUGUUCUAGGUCCACUAUUUAUAUGCUUCCCAUUCUUAAGUUUUGUUUUUGCGUCUUUUGCUUUCGGUUUUGUACACCACCUUCAAACUUAUGAAAAUACAACAUUUUUGGUUAUUGAAAAGAUAUUUCAUGGCGGUUUAGAUGCUUGUUUUUUCACAUAAACUCAAAUGAGGCAAACUAUUCUAAUUUUAACAACCAGGAAAUGGCAGUGCAAUUUCUGCAUGUUGCACCUGAAUCAUUUUGUUUUCCUUGCUCUGUAGAAAUGCUGAUACUGUGUAAAAACAUGGGAGUACUUUUUAACAACUGAGGUGUUUUUGGAAAGCAGCAUUUAAAGUUGUGUCCAGCAUAUAAACUCCAAGUCAAAUUUAAGAUGCAUAAAGUGGUGACAACUGUGGGUGUAGUAAAAAAAAACGACUAUUCUGGUUGGCAGUUUUUUACAUCUGGCUUCAUAUGUGUAAGUGUCAUUUGUUUUCUUCAAUUUCUUCUACUAUAAAAAGCAACAGCUUAACAUCCAGAGAUAGUCCUAGUUGUUACAAUCCAUGACAGUGAAAAUGCUGUGUAAUCUAUUUACCGCAACUGCAUUUUUCUAAUCUGCAGUUUUUAUAAACAAUAAAAAUGUGAGUGCUUAGAUUGAAGCCUCAUGUAAUUGCAUACAUAACA